GACUUGCUGAGGACUUGACUGAGGACUGCCGACGCGUCAGUGAGUGCGCGAACGAAGGACCGAACGAACAGAGCGAAGGCGCCACCCGCACCUGACCUCAACGCCUCGCAGCACUCACACUUCCAGUGACUCUCAUCAUCCCAAGUCGGCAGAUCCGAUGGCCUCCUCAGUACUGAUAUGCGCCCUGCUAGUCGUCCUCUCCUUCCCUGCUGCCUCUGCUCACUCUGCUCAGCCCUCUACUCUUAUCUCCUUCACUCGCGAGCCAUCCUGCAGAAGAUGCCUUCUGGCACCCUAUCGCCAGCGGCACGGACACACGGAGGAGUGUGCUCAGUGCAUGGCCUUCUUUCUGGCGUCUUUUGGACUUCCCAGCGGUGAGCAAGUGGAUGGAUUGAAGGGAGAGAGAGAUCUGAACCAACCGUUGGAGUGCAUGUGUGUGUGACGGUUCUGUCUGUCUGUGUGCCUGCAGAGACGGAUCACUUCGUGACGACCAGGGACGGCUGCAUCUUGCGGCUGAUUCGCAUCUCCAACCCCGGCCGUCCGGUGGUGUUUCUGCAGCACCCGCUGCUGGCCUCCAGCUGGAUCUGGCUCACCGGCGCCCCACUCAUGAGCUCUGCCAUUGCGCUGCAUCAAGCCGGGUAGGUGAGGUGUCUGCCCGCACGCAGUUGGCCACGUACCCUGCCUGAUACCUACCUGAUUUGCCUGAUUGGGUGUGGUGUGGUGUGUGGUGUGCGGUAGGUAUGAUGUGUGGAUGGGCAACAGCCGUGGGAGCCUCUUCUCGGCCAACCACACGUCGAUGAGUGUGGACAGCGAGGACUUUUGGUCGUAUACAUGGCAACACAUGGCCAUGUACGACAUCCCUGCCAGCAUUCAGUACGUCCUCACACACACCCGCUCCCACGCAGAUGGCCUCAUCUAUGUCGGCCACUCACAGGGCACCACACAGGUAUGUCAAUGCAGUUUCACACACACACACACACACACACACACAUACACACACACACACAGAGAGAGAGAGAGAGAGGGUCAUAUGCCAAUGCAUUCAUCUGGUGUGGUGUGCUAUGUGCUAUGUGUUAUGUGUUGUGCUGCAUUGUGUGUCAGUUCUUCGCUUCCCAGUCCAUGCCCCUCGACAAGUGGCGCCACGACAGCGAGCACCACAGCCUGCAGGGCGUGUGGACGGCCGGCGAUGUGCCGGCCAACAAGGCUGUCAAGCUCUUUGUGGCGCUAGCACCAAUCGCCUACAUCAACCACAUGAGCAGCCGGGCCUUUGCCCUUCUCAGCAGACUUGGCAUCGCUGGGGCGGUCGAGAGAUUGGGCAUUAGACAGUUCCCAGCUGCCGAGGCCGUAAGCACCAACCCUCCCGCCCUCGCAGACACGCGCACACAGACCCUCGUUCACUCGAACGAACAUGCCCUCUUGUGUGUGGUGUGUGUGCACAGGAGGUGACAUUGCUGCGUGAGGUGUUGAAGGCCUUCUGUGGGGGGUCCAUGACGCCUUUCUGCGUGGCGGUGGACCAGCUAGUGGGCGGCAAUGGCAACAACCAGCACAUCAACACCACCACAAUGGACUGGUCGCUGCAGUGGUUCCCUGACAGUAAGCAACCAUUCCACCAGAUGCGCGAGGGGGGAUCCACACCUUCACACCUUCCUUGUGGGUGUGGUGUCAUGUCAUGGAUGUGUGUGUCGCUGCAGCGACGAGUGUGAUGGACAUGAAUCACUACGAGCAGCUGUUCCUUCAGAAGAGGUUCGGUCUCUAUGACUACGGCUGGUUCGGCAACAUCCAACACUACGGCACUAUGACGGCACCAGCCUUCCAGCUCGAGCAGUGGCCAACAGACAUCCCUGUCGCCCUCUUCCGGUGCGUGCCGUGCGUGAGGGAGCCACAAUGUUAACACAGACAGACGUCUGUGUGGUGUCACUGCAUGACGGCAUGCUAUGCGUAUCUGUGUGUGUGCAGGGGUGAGUAUGACGAGUUUGCGUCUGCUGCCGACGUGGAUCAGAUCAAGCAGAGACUGCCCCCGGGCACAGUGGUGUACGACAAGACCUACACGGGAUUCGGCCACGUCACCUGGCUGAUGGGCGACGAGAGCACGGCCUACUGGCUCGACGAUCUGCGAGCUCUGCUGCACCAGUACGCCGAUGCCGCUGGACAGGGUGAACAUCCCACCGCUACUGCCCCUGCCACUGCCGUUCGCCGCGGCACGCCAUUGUGGAUAUGAGAAGCCGUGCUGCCUGCCAGCCUGCCUGCCUCUGUGUGAGGGUGGGUGGUGGGAUGCAAUGCAUGGCGUGUGUGCGUGCGUGUUGUGCGGGCAUUCAAGUCGUGAUGCGUUUCCAUUCGCGUGUUCAUCUGUUCUAUCGGGGGGUUUGUGAGGGGCUGGUAACGCUAAGGACGGUGCCGUGUUGAUUGAUUUGUGUCCUCACUCACCACCCACCUACUACUUGUCGUGUGCAUGUCUAUCUGAUGGAGGAUCUUGUGACGUUGGCGUUGUUCUGUAUGAGCCACAGAGCGACGCCGCCGUCGCCAAGGUGCUGUCUCAGACAGGCAGAACACACACAUGUGAGGGAGAUGGGGUGGAGGAGAUGCUAUUGCACCCAUUGCAUCGACCUACUCACUCGCCGUUCGUCCAUGCCUUCAUUCGCUCGCGCACUUUGCCCGCCUGUGACGACACUCUCAGACACGCUGUUGACGCUGAUGUCGUUCUGUAUGAGCUACAGAGCGGCGUCACCGUCACCGAGAUGUCAGGGGGUGACGUCACAGGGGGGGAAGUGAUGCAUUACUAUGCCAUGACAUCAGUUUUCUUAGGUAGUCGAGAGUGUGUUGGGGCGUGGGUGCAUGCGUGUUGACAUGUCUUGCGAUUCAUCCGGGACCGAUCGUCGCUCCGCUCAUGUCGUGUGUAUGCCUCACUCGCAGCGCCGCGACGACGGCGUCGUUCUGUAUGAGCUACAGAAUGGUGUUGCCGUCACCGAGGUGCGGGGAAGGUGUGCAUCACACAUAGAGAUGCUGUGCGACACACGAACGAACAGGGCUGUUUUUCGCCAUAGGUGGCUGCAGUGAGUGGGUAAGACCGGGGCUCUGCUCGGCUCUGCCCUGCACUCCACACUCCGACAGAUAGAUUUUUCCUGCUGGCCGAUGGAGUUGCAGACAGUCGCAGACAGAGAUACUCUCGAGUGGAUGACCGAAUUGCAUACAUACCCUGUCCCGCUGUAUGUGUGUUCUUUUUGUCCACCGGUCACACACAGGGGCGAUUGGAUGAAGGUUCUGACGAUCGACGUGAUGUCAGUCAUUUGGAUGGGCACUUAUGCUCAUCUCUGGGAGUGUGUGUGUGUGCGUGUGUGUGUGUUUAAGUGUCGUGAGUGGUCCAUCCUGCAUAGAGUACAGCACACACACACGUGCGUGUGUGUGUGUGUGGACAGAUGGGUGUCUUACCUCUCUCCCUGUGUGUGUGUGUGUGACGCUCAUGAGGCGCCCAUGCACAUGAGAUGCAGCCACCUGCCUGGCUGCAUUGAUGCAUUGGGCUUCCUUCCCACCCUGCACUCCUUCACACGUGUCAGGCAGCCAGCCAGCCAUGCGGACGUUGAGCAUGAUGCAUCUGUGUGCGACCGACUUGUACUCCCGCCCGUCAGAUGCAGUGCAGCCAACGCCAUGUGCGCCAUGUGUCCCAUGCAUCGCAUCCGUGACAUGCAUCUCUUUUUCCUGCUCGUUGCUCGUUGUACGCUAGCUAUCUAAAUCAUGAAUGCCAUGCCUUUGGAAUGGAACCAAUGCCGCUUUCUCAGAACGACUGACUUUCCUGAGAAAAGGCACCAUUCCUGAGAAAAGGCACCAAUUGGAGAUCGAUCUGCCUGCCGUGAUGCAGUGAAAAAUGUGUGUAUGGAGGGGUGGGUGAGUGGGUUGGUGGGAGGGCUGGCAAGUCUUUCAAACGCGACACAGUUUUCUGUCCCACGCGGUCGUGCAGGCAUCGCACCAUCGAUGUCUUCGUUCCGUGUCCUUUUAUGCAUGCCAUUGUUGCCACACCGUUUUUGUCGGUCUGGACACUGACUGCAUUGCAUUGCCUAUACCGCACCUCACCGCUUGCUUCCACCCACUACUCCUGUCUGUCUGUCUAUUGACACACAUACAUAACAAGGAGGGAGGGAGGUGUGGAGAGGAGUUUAUGUGUCCAUCCAUCUAUUCAUAAGCUAUGCAUAGUGUAUAAUUGGGUGUCACACUUGUGUGUUCGUGUGCAGUGGGUGCUGGAAGGGGUGUCUCGGUUGGGGGAUGGUAUGGGUGAGGGUGCAUGCGCCACUCUGCCCGUGUGUGUGUGUUUGAAUCGCAUUUGAGCAUGCACGUGAAGUGAAAGACAGUGCCGAUCGAUGAGCCUCUCAAGUGCAAUUGAGUG